AUGUCGACAGUACUUGAUAAAAAUUGCAAGGUACAAAUAGAUCAGCAAUUCUGGAACCUAUAAAAGCUUAGAAAAGACUAAGGUGACUACAGACUAUCAUAUGAAACCUAAAAUGGGAGGAGAGACCUUUACUUUAACUUUUGCGAAUUCCCUCAACAUGUCUGCAGAGAUUAGCAAAGAGAUUAUGGCCAUAUCACUAAGCCAGAUGAUAGUUGUAUUCAUUUCACAGAAGAUAAUUCCAGAUCAAUAUUCAAAGAUUAAUUUUAAAACACAUUUGUGGACUUCAUUGAUCAAGAAGAUAAAUCGCUUGGUUUGUCUGUGAUCUACGAGAAUCCCAAGUAAAUCUGUGAAGAAAACAAACCCUACUAAUUAUUGUUGAAUUUACAUUGUGAUCAUACCUAUGACUAUCCAAGUAUUAAACUAGAUGAAAGAAUGGCUAUCAGGGAUUCAUGCUUAAAUGUAAUUAAUAUUAGGACUAGAUAUGGGUGUGCAGGUUCAAGUUUUGGAUUAAUGUGGGAAUUUAUGGACACCUACUUUGUAUUCUUUGGGAUUUACUUAUUCUUAACUGGAAGUUACUAUGUAUUAUUCUCGCUUGAAUACUACAAGAUAUCAGCUGCAUUAUGCUUUAUUCAAACAUUUUUCUUAUUGGGGCUGUGGAUAACAUUUUCUUUUAUCAUUAAACAAGAUUACAGUAGAAUAUAGCUAGGCUGGAUUUCAUUACCAGUAGCAAUAUUAUCAGGAGGACCACUAAGUUAUGUAUUAUCCAUAAAAGCAAAAUAAUCCACUGAUUUUAUGAUUAGUGCUCAAGGUGGCAUUGCUCUCUCAUUCUUGAUGGAAUCACUUAGAACAGAAAUUUUUCCAAAUUUAGAGAUUGCUUUUUACUUUAAAUAUUUGAUUGUUGCACUUUUAUUCGGAGUUUUUGGCGGGUUAUCAAUUAAGUUCCCUAGUAUUUUGAUGAUCUUAGGCAUUUGUUUAAGUGGAUCAUUCUAAAUUUGCAUAGUCAUUUUUAGUGAUCAUCUAUAUGUGAUAAAGUGGCAGUACAUUUUUUUCUUCACAACUAUUAUACUAAUGACUGCUGUUUCUUAUUACUUCCAAUUCAAAUACUAUAAUAAAUAAGAAUAGGGCUAUGAACCACUCGAAAAUGAUAGAUCUAAGAAUAGGCAAAGAGAUUAUUGGGCUAAUGCUCCUAGAGGUAGUAAGAAGCCGUUAAAUAAAGGAAGUCAUGUUUGA